AUGGACGUUCCUGCUGAGCUGGUUGCCUUCGCAGAAGACUUGGCCGACGUGGCGGGCAAGGUGAUUCUCCAGUAUUGGCGCAAACCUGUUACAGUGGAGUCCAAGCAUGAACCCGGGCGCCCGAUCCCGGAAAGCCCCGUGACCUUAGCGGAUCGUGAGGCGGAGGAAGCCAUGCGAAAACUCAUUGAAGCCAGGCAAGAUGCCUCGUUCGUGCCCUGCGCAGGCUGGUUUGGGGUUUGGGGCAGGUUUUCGAGCAACGACCUCUUUCUGCCAACAGAUCAGUUUGCACAGCGACACUUGGGCCCUUUGCCCGCGGACGUGCAAGAGAUGUGCAAGGUCAUUGGUGUGAAAGACUUGAAUGAACUCAUGGAGAAGGCGAUUCCAGCCACGGUACGUCGAGACCAACCCAUGGAUUUGCCCGAUGGAGAGCUGGGAGAAGCAGGAUCCCUGGCGUUGCUCAAGGACAUGUUGAGCAAGAACGUCGUGGCAAAGAAUUUCAUCGGAAUGGGCUACCACGGUUCACACGUGCCCGGUCCCAUCUUGCGAAAUUUGUUGGAAAAUCCAGGUUGGUACACCGCAUACACCCCGUACCAGGCAGAGAUCUCUCAGGGGCGACUCGAGUCCUUGGUGAACUAUCAGACCUUGGUCUGCGAGCUCACUGGGAUGGAAGUGGCCAACGCCUCGCUGCUGGACGAGGGCACCGCAGCCGCCGAGGCCAUGGCCAUGAUCGCCCGCGCCGUGAACUCGAAGGCCAAGAAUCAGUUCUUCAUCAGCGACAGCGUGCAUCCCCAGUCCAUUGAUUGUAUCAAGACCAGGGCCGAGUACUUCGGCAUGGAGUUGGUCAUUGGCGACCACACCACCACUGACUUUGCCUCGAUGGACAAACUCUGUGGUGCCUUAGUGCAGUACCCAGACACCCGGGGCCGCUUCAACAAGUUCGAGGGCAUCGCCGAUGCCUUGCACAAGAACAAAGCCUAUUUCAUCGUCGCGGCGGACCCUCUGAGUUUGGUGCUGGCCAAGCCUCCCAGCGAAAUCGGCGCCGACGUCGUGGUGGGCUCCAUGCAACGCUUCGGCGUUCCCAUGUGGUUCGGUGGUCCUUCUGCUGCCUACCUGGCCACUUCCAAGAAGCAGGUGCGCCGCAUGCCUGGGCGCUUGAUUGGGGAAUCCUUGGAUCGCCUGGGAAAGCCCGCGUAUCGCCUGACGUUGCAGACGCGGGAGCAGCACAUCCGAUUGGAUAAGGCUACUAGCAACGUGUGCACCGCACAGGUCCUGCUGGCCAAUAUGGCCGGCAUGUACGCGGUCUACCAUCGCAAGGACGGCCUGCAGAAGAUCGCCCAGCGCGUGCACGGCCUGGCGCAGCUCUUCGCUUCUGAGGCGCAGAAGGCCGGGCUCUGCGUGAGCUCCACGGCCGCCUUCUUCGACACCGUCACUAUCGAGACUCCUAAGGCCAAGGCUGUUGCACAGGCAUUGGAACAGCAGAAGAUGAACGUCCGCGUCUUGGACGACAAAACCUUGGCGGCCUCCUUCGAUGAGACGCACUUGGAGGGCGACAUCAAGUCUCUGGUGGGCGCUCUGAAAGCCGCGGGCGCGGGAAGCACCGCCUCCAAUUUGGCCAUCACCGUGGACGGCAAACUGCCCGCGGACUUCUCCAGGACUGGAGCCUUCUUGGAGCAGAAGAUCUUCAAUUCCAUCUCCUCGGAGACAGAGCUGAUGCGAUACAUGCACACCCUGCAGAAGAAGGAUUUGGCGCUGGACACCUCGAUGAUUUCGCUGGGCUCGUGCACCAUGAAGUUGAACUCCGUGUCGUCCCUGGCACCCUGCAGCUGGCCCGAGGUGGCUCACAUGCACCCCUUUGCUCCUGCGAGUCAGACCCAGGGCUACCGCGACAUGUUGGAGUCCUUGGAGCAGUAUUUGAUCACCGUCACCGGCUUUGAUGCUUGCUCCCUGCAGCCAACCAGUGGCGCCAGCGGCGAGUACGCGGGACUGCUGGUCAUCAAGAAGUAUUUGGAAGACCAGGGGCAAGGCCACCGCGAUGUGUGCAUCAUCCCCCGCUCAGCCCAUGGCACGAACCCCGCUAGCGCCGCCAUGUGCGGCAUGGAGAUCAAGUGGAUCGAAGAUUCACGAGGCAUGGAUCUGGCAGAGUUCAAGGCCCUUUGUGAAGAGCACAAGGACCGCCUGGCCUGCUUGAUGGUGACCUAUCCCUCCACCCGAGCCUUCUUCGAGGACAACAUCCAAGAGACCUGCGAGAUCGUGCACCAGUACGGAGGUCAAGUUUACAUGGACGGUGCCAACAUGAACGCCCAACUGGGGCUCACCUCUCCGGGCAUCAUUGGGGCGGAUGUGUGCCACCUCAACCUGCACAAGACCUUUAGCAUCCCCCAUGGUGGAGGCGGCCCUGGCCUGGGUCCCAUUUGUGUGAAGAAGCACUUGGCCAAGCACUUGCCCAGCCACGUGGUGGUGGAGCCUUCCAGCAAGGGCGCUGACCCCUGCGGCACCGUCUCGGCUGCGCCCUGGGGGCAGGCGGGAAUCGCCGCGAUUCCCUGGAUGUUCUGCACCAUGUUGGGCAAGCAGGGCGUGCUCGACAGCGCCAGGUAUUCGAUUUUGAACGCCAACUACAUGAAGUCCCGCUUGGAACCUCACUUUGACAUUUUCCCAACCAACAAGAACAACAAAUGCGCGCACGAGUUCAUCAUGGACUUCUCCGACAUUCGCAAGAAGACGGGCAUCGUCGAGGAGGACAUCGCCAAGCGCCUGCAGGACUAUGGUUUUCACGCGCCCACCAUGUCUUGGCCGGUGCCACACUCGUUGAUGAUCGAGCCCACUGAGUCGGAGGACAAGGCUGAGUUGGACCGCUUCUGCGAUGCCAUGAUCUCCAUCCGAAAGGAGAUUGCCAAGAUCGAAUCUGGAGAAUGGACUGCUGAAGAGAAUCCUUUGAAGAACGCCCCUCACACGCAGCAGGAGGUUUGCGCCAGCGAGUGGAAGCAUCCCUACACCCGAGAAGAAGCGGCCUUCCCUGUCCCCUGGCUGCUGCAGCGUGGCAAGUUUUGGCCCACCGUGGCACGAGUUGACAAUUCCUUGGGCGACCGAAAGCUCAAGUUGUACCCGGCCCAUGGCAUUAUCGGUGAGGAGUUUGGCAGUGUCCGGACUGAGGCAAAGUUGGUCUGGGUUUUGGAUCCAAUCGAUGGCACCAAGUCUUUCAUCACAGGCAAACCGCUCUUCGGCACCUUAAUCGCACUGCUGAGGGAUGGGCGGCCCAUCCUGGGAGUCAUCGAUCAGUGUGUUCUCCGGGAGCGCUGGGUGGGUGCCAAUGGGCAGACGGUCUUCAACAAGCAGCCCAUCCGUGCUGGCGGAGCGAUAAAGUUGAAGGACGCCAUGAUGUACGCCACGACGCCCCACAUGUUUGGUGUGGUGGCUCGAUUUCGAGAGCUCUUAGUGCUUGAAGAGGAUGCAAGCGUUCUGAUGCUUGACUCAUGGGGUGUGAAGCGACUGUUCAGCCAUGUGUUGAGAAGAUGGUUGGCCGGUUCGGCGAAGCCUCGUGAUCCUACGUUGAACGCCGUGUGGGAAAUCAUGGACUUUGCAUGGGGUGAAAGUGCCCGCUACAUGUCUGAUGAUGAAGAUGUUGAAGUGGUGCCUGAUGAUUCCCAGGACAUCUUCAUGGAUCCCAUUCCCAACAACUCCGUGCCCAUGGCCACCCAGGAGAUGCCCAUGGAUUCCCAGGAGAAUGAGAAGAGCCCGAUGGAGAAUGAAGAGAGCCCGAUGGAUUCUAAGGAGAUUCCCAUGGAUUCCCAGGAGGAAGGUCCUAUGUGGACUGACCUUGCAGACUCCCAGCCUGAUCCCCGCCCUCCGGCUACUUGGGAUGAUUUGACAGUGGAUUCCCCAGGUCCGUCCACUGAUCUCCCUGAGCAGCCCAGCAGUGCCAGCAUCAGCAUGCCACCGCCUCCACCAGUUGAUCCUCAAGUCUUGCAGCGCAAGAUGGAAAUCAGGGCACGCAUGGAGGCAAAAGAUGCAGGACAAGGAGAACUCAAACCUUGCCAGAUUGAAGAGUUCUGCGUCACUGCGAAUGUGGAUACGAUGGAGACGCUGCCCUAUGAUCCUAAAGCACCUGUGCCUGAUGCCCUUUCCACCAUCGAAAUCGAAGACGAUCAGCAUGGCCAUGGUUCUGACAACGCAGCGGGUGGUGAGCUUCAAGCACCAGAAGUUCCUCCCUCCCAGGAAAAGACCACCAAGGAAGUUGCGGAGCUACAGGCUGAACAACCAGCAUUGGAGCCUACUGCAGAGCCUGGUGUGGAUUUGAUGGAAAUUCAGGAAGCACCCACCGUUACUCGCCGAGAACAACUUGGAACAGACGAUCAUCAGCUUGAACCGGACACUGGCCGCGGCCGUGGUCAAAAUCGAGACCGAGGCCGUGGGCGUGGCCGGGGGAAGCGCAAUGGAAAGCAGGUGGAUGAGGAAGACGGGGAGGCAGCUGAGACAAAUGAACAAGGUCAGGAGAUCAAAGCUCCCAAAUCCAGGAAGAACGAGAAGAAGCAGCAGAAGGAGAAGACAGAGAAGGAAGAAGGCAAGCAGAAGACGGGUGAGAUUGUCAAGCAAGACAAGGGCAAGACUACUCCUCGCAGGCGUGUGCCCAAGGCCAAUGCCAAAAGCAAGAGCGCAAAGCCCAAGGGCAAGGCACCUGUUGCGAAACGUCCAGCUCAGAAGAGCGCUGCCCGCCCUUCCAAAUCGGCCAAGAUCGUUGAGCAGCCUGACAAGUCCAAGGACAAGCCGGACGAGCAAGCACCACCUCCAGCCCCAAAGGGUUCCAGAACAUGGGGUGGCCGUUGGAUCCCAGAGGAUGAGUCGUCAGCAGCUUGGAAGAAGAUGCAGGCCAUCAAGAGUGUCUUUGAGAAGUGCAUCGCCGACAAAGUGAAGCGGCAGUCGUCUUUGCAGCCGCCCUUCUACAAGUUUUGUGCUGCGGCCUUUCGUCAGCACGCCGUUGACAGCGACGAAGCCUCGCUGGAUCAGUUGGUCGCUGUGGCUGAGCUUCAAGUGUCAUCAUUUCUGAACGACAUUGCUCGCAGCUUGUCUUUUUAG